CAACGGAACGGCAGAGAGGUUGGGUGCAUCUCGCGCUCUCCGCUCCACCUAAACUACAGUUCUUUGUCCCUGUUUAAACGUCAAUUCACUAUAGUAAAUUCUAACUCGAUGCGGUGCCAUACUUAAUUAGAUUUCUCGAGUGAAGAAGCUAAGCAUGUGAGAGAUUAACGAGGUGAAUGAAAAGCAGAACUAAGUAGUUUAUAGAGCUAAUGCUUCAACAAGUGGGGGUUUUUGAUGGUAGUAACUCAAUUGAAAAGUUGUAGUGGUAGUGUAGGAGGAUUCUACCUUCAGCUCACCAUGGACGGGAAAUAUACGGCGAGAUUAAUUCUUCCUCUUCUAGUUCUUCUCAGCCUCGGAAACGAGGUGGCUGAGUGCCUGCACAUCACGAAGGUGGGCGUGCCGACGCCCGUGGCGGUGGGCGACGGUGGGUGGCUGGAGUGCGAGUUUCUGGACGAGGGCGAGAGCGUCUACGCCCUCAAGUGGUACUUGGGUCUGGACGAGUUCUACCGCUGGACGCCAGCGGAGAACCCGCCGGUGAAGACCUUCCCGGUGAGAGGCGACCCGCUGACGGUGGACCCGGCGGCGUCGCACCGGGGCCGCGUCAGGAUACAGGAGGUGACGCUUGCGGCUGCGGGCGUCUUCCGCUGCGAGGUCUCCGCCGAAGCCCCGUCCUUCCACACGGAGUCCGCCGUGGCCACCAUGACUGUUGUAGACCUGCCGGACGAGGAGCCGGUGAUCACGGGCGCCAGAGCCAGCUACCAGCUGCACGAAGAUGUCCUCCUCAACUGCUCCUCUCCUCGCUCCCAGCCUCCAGCCUCCCUCACCUUCUACAUCAAUGAUGAACUGGCGGACCCAGCUUGGGUCAUCCCGUACCCGGCGCGGGAGGAGGUGCAGACGGGGCUGGAGACGGCGGUGCUGGGCCUCCACUUCCCGCUCCGGCCUCGCCUGGUGCUGAGCCGCGGCGUCGCCACCGUCAAGUGUACGGCCUCCAUCUCCAACCUCUACUGGGAGAGCACCGAGAUCUUCAUCCCUGCCGAUGUUCCCUAUCAUGCCUCUAUCAUGGAGGGCCGCGCUGCUGCUGCUGCUGCUGCUGCUGCUGCUACUACUGCUGCAGGAUAUCCGGCGCCAGUGUGGAGCGUGGUGACUGUUGCGGUGCUGGGGGCCACAGUGCUGCUCUGGCCCCACUAGGAACCCCUAGAGUCCUUAAUCACCCAAAUGAACCCCCAGACAUCUGGAGAAUCGCUCCGACGCACUCAAGUCUUCUAUUGUACUGAAAUUCAAGUUUCAGUUCUCCAAGUGGUUGGCAGGACUGCGGGCCGUCCCUCAGUCCCGCAAAGAGGGCGCGGGGCCUUAGUGUCACUGUGUACCUUUGUGUGAAGACAAUGACGAGUAGAAGAGUGUCGCUGACGGGAACCGAAUAAACAUUCCAGAGUGUUUUAAUAUCGUAAAUUACAACAUCGCACCGUGACCAGUUGCAUAACACCUCGAGUCCUUCAGUACAUGCAUCCUAAUCCUAAAUGGAAGUGUCAAGAAAAGUAAACAGUAGACACUAAGUCGCAUAUACUCUCCUGGUUAACAAACUCACUUUGUUAGUGAAAGUCUCGAGUUUGAGUGGUGGAGGCAGGGUGGGUCGAUUGGCCCCCACUCUAGCUCACUCGAGCGUCACCUGUGCAUCAUCCCGUACGUGUGAACCUGGAUGUGAAAGCGAUCGGCGGAUCGUCAUGCGCUUGAGACAAACAUGGCGCUUAGUAACCUAACCGCUCUAGCGUUGGCCACGAGGCCCCGAGUCCCUCCCAACACUCACUGAGCACACACUGUCCUCGGGAUAAUUGUCCUGUGCACCACAUGAAUUCGUGCUAUAUACGUAGCUCCCAAUAAAUGAUUCUGUUGUUGUCUGAACAUUGUUAUAACGCAGGACAAGCGGCCGACUAAGACUUGAGGUGUGGCAGCCGUGGGCACAGUCACGCCUCAACCAUCAUAUGGCCGUGUGUCGCCUCUCCUUCCACUUAAAUGUGCCUGGAGGAAAACAAUUUAGAUAUGUAUAAGUGUUUUCUGGAAAUAUUAAGAGAACGUAUGGAGGUUCGGGACUCAACCAAGACGCAGACAUUGCCAAUAUGGCGGGUGUCAACAGGCCAUUUGAUUCCUCGAGUGAAAACUGAAUGAUCUCCAGAGGCUCCGAGGUAGGCCUCCACUUCUUCUGUCUUGCUCAUAUCUUAACGCUGCAUGCAGCAGCGUCGUGCUCUGAAGUCAGUGUACAGUGCUGUGGUGUCUUGCAGUGAAGUCAGUGUGGUGUUUUCAAAGUGCUGCAGUGAUGUCGAUGUACAGUGCUGCAGUGAAGUCAGUGUACAAUAGUCUGGUAGAUCCCAGAUCUUAGUUGGGUUCUCUUUCUACUGACAAUUCUACCCUUAUUCAUAUAU